ACUCAUUCGUUUGCUUCGUUCUUGUUCGUAGUUUAAUUUCGUCCGUCAUUCGUUUGUAUUGUGGAUAUCUUCCCCAAUCGCUUGUAGGUAGUCUUUACCUACCCAAUUAUUUGGCCAUUUCUGAAUGUACUAGUGAUUAUAGAGUGAUUCGUGGUUAUUGAAUAUUUCGCGUUUCUUUUACAAACGAUUUUAAGUGAAAAACAUGGUGAAAGAAACUACCUACUAUGACAUUCUUGGGGUCAAACCCAAUUGUACAACAGAUGAACUGAAGAAACAGUACAGAAAAUUGGCUCUUAAGUAUCAUCCUGAUAAAAAUCCAAAUGAAGGAGAAAGGUUUAAACAAAUCUCACAGGCAUAUGAGGUUCUAUCCAAUCCAGACAAAAGACGAAUCUAUGAUCAAGGUGGAGAGCAAGCAUUGAAAGAAGGUGGAGCUGGAGGCAGUGGUUUCUCUUCGCCUAUGGAUUUGUUUGACAUGUUCUUUGGCGGUGGCUUUAGCGGCGGCCGCCGGCGGGGACGCGAACGGAAAGGCAAGGAUGUCAUUCACCAGUUAUCGGUGACACUCGAGGAAUUAUAUCGUGGUGCUGUCAGGAAACUAGCAUUACAGAAGAAUGUAAUUUGUGAUAAAUGUGAGGGCCGUGGCGGCAAGAAGGGUGCAGUUCAAACUUGUCCUACAUGCCGUGGUAGCGGAAUGCAAGUGCAAAUCCAACAACUUGCACCUGGUAUGAUUCAACAAAUUCAAACUGUAUGUAGUGAAUGUCGUGGACAAAGAGAAAUAAUUGAUCCCAAGGAUCGAUGCAAAGUAUGCCAGGGUCGUAAGACAAUACGUGAUCGCAAGAUUUUGGAAGUGCAUGUUGAUAAAGGUAUGACUGAUGGUCAGAAGAUUGUUUUUGGUGGAGAGGGUGAUCAGGAGCCAGAUUUGGAGCCAGGCGAUCUCAUCAUUGUGCUAGAUGAAAAGGAACAUGAUACAUUCAAACGAUCUGGAGAUGAUCUCAUUAUACGAUUAAAUAUAGAGUUGGUGGAAGCACUAUGUGGCUAUCAAAAAGUGAUCAGAACAUUAGAUGAUAGAGAUAUAGUAAUAACAGUUAUGCCGGGAGAAGUCACCAAACAUGGUGAUGUGAAGUGUGUACUAAAUGAAGGAAUGCCUAUGUAUAAAAAUCCGUUUGAAAAAGGCCAACUAAUUAUACAAUUCCUAGUUAAUUUCCCUGAAAGUAUUCCACAUGAAGUAAUUCCUGCAUUGGAGAAUUGUCUGCCACCUCGACCAAGGGUGGAAAUACCGGAAUUGGCUGAAGAGUGUCAUUUGAUGGACUUGGAUCCUGACCAAGAAAACAGAAGAAGGCGAGCAAAUCACGGCAAUGCUUAUGAUGAACAGCCAGGCAUGGAGCGGGUACAUUGCGCUACAAGCUAAAUGAGUCAUAGAAACUUUGCUGAUGGAUCUAAUCCAUUAAUCACUCUGUUAAAUAGCAGUAUAGUUCAUAAUAUCGGAUAUUUAUAGUGUGCAUGAAGAGGUAACGGAUGCAUAAUGUUAGGCUUUUAUGUUAAGUUACUUAAAAUAAUUGAUUCAUUUAGAGUUUAGACCUUUUACAAUCUUGAAAUGGUAAGCUAAGUCUACCUGCUCAAGAUAUAAAUUUCAGUCUUAGUAAUCACUAUCCGACUCUUAAAGUCCAUUUAAAUUUGAUAUCACAAAAACAAUUCUCCUUUCAUUUUUUCUUAACUUAACAUAAUUAUUUUUCGUAGGUAUUUGUAUAUAUGUUUCUCUGUAUAUAUUUUCUAUGCGAUGUAAAAGGUAGAUGUGAAUAUUUUUUAUAUUGAGUUCAGAUAAUGUAAAUAAUUUUUACAUCUAUCUAAUGAUACAAAGUAGAAAUUUAUUAUCUAAACCAUUGAUAAUUUGAUUUAAAUAAUUUUUUUCUACAUACAAUGUUUUUUAUUUCUCACAACGGGUGUGGUAUUAGCUGGGAAUCACAAACAUUUAGUAGUAUCUUUUUUUUUUGAGAUGAAUAAUAAUUAAAUAUACUCAGAAAUCAGAAUAACAGAGGUUUUCACCAAUUGUUGGUGGCGGAGGCAUCUUGUGUUUGCCCGUUAUGCAGUUUUAUCUUGCAAAAUUCCAUAAUAAUUACAGUAAUUUCAAUAUUUUCCUAAAAUAUUAAUAUAAAAAAUGAUAAAGAAAAUAUUGAAAUUGUUGCAUAGUAGACUGCCAACUUUUUAAUCACAUGAAAUAUCUGUUAUACUAACGUACAGCAUACAUAUGACUACACUGACCGUCAUAACAGACCUAGGUACAGAUUGUUAUAAUUAACAAUUAAUAUACUAACCUAUUUAUGUAACCUAACGGCAGUUUUUGGAAUGAAUUUCAAAUGCAAAUUAUCAUGUGAAAUUUGACUAAAUAUAUUAGGUACAGUGGAGAGUCGAUUAUGUGGAUUAAUUAUCCAGAUUGUCAACAGGGAGUAAUGUUUAAGUAAAACAAAUCAAUAUUUUAUGUUAUUGGGGUUUUGAACACUCA